AUGUCCUCGCCUAGCAAGACUUUGAUGGGAGGGAAGAAAGCAAAGGUGGUGGAGGGGAAUGCUCGGCUGCUCUGCAGUGAUGCGCUCACCGAGGUCUUCCACAAGCUGCCUGCCCGCACGCUCGCUUCUUGCAGGAUGGUAUGCAAAUACUGGAUGUCAUUGCUUUCCGAUGUGCAUUUUCUUCACGAGCACCUGAACCGAAGCCAGCAGAAGUUGCUGCUCUUUGCAAAUGACAGAGCAAAUGAUAGGUCUCUUGCCAUGGUGCUCGCAGACGCCAAUGGAUACAUGUACCAGCUGUCUAGGCCCUUGGUUGCUCAGAGCCUGUUUGUGCACAACUCUUGCAACGGCCUGCUCUGCCUAGGUGACAGUAAAGGAGCAGUGGAGUUGCUCAACCCGACAACCGGUGAAUCUGUUGUGUUGCCGAAGCCAAUGUACACUGCAGGAAGCAGCCAAUUCUCAUCAUGCAACUGGCACUGCUUGGGGUUUUGCCCGUCAACUAAGCAACACAAAAUUGCGCACUUUUAUCCGGGAGCUCAUGCUGGUUCUCUCGAGGUGCUCUGCGAGAUAUACACAAUUGGAGAUAGAGACUGGAGACAAAUUGGGACUCUCCGUGGGGCACCAAUUGAUAGAGGUAUACAUGUGAAUGGUUCGGUGUAUUAUUUGACAAGGUUCCGUUAUAUCUCUUCAUCACGUAUCAAUUGUUUGAAUCUUCAAAGUGAAAAGUUUGAUGUCUUGAUGCUUCCUCCACGCAAGACCUAUGGAGGGCACUGUUCUUUGUCCGAGCUCGAGGGAAAACUAUGUUUAUUAGUUGUGGAUGGUGCGCUUGAAGGUAUACCUCGUACAAUGGACAUAUUAAUGCUCGAUAACGAUGAUAAGCAGAGUUGGACUCAUAGAUACCACAUAUCUUUGCCUCCGUUGAUGCAAUCAUGUUAUUUCACUCCAAGACACACACUUUUUCAUGAUUCCAAAAUUUGGGUGCAGUUGUUUGCUCGGAACUUAUAUUGCUAUGAUCCAAAUUCAAACUCUGGGGAAUUGGAGAUUGCCUGUCCAGAAUCUGAGUUUCCUUUCAGCAUUCAUACGUUUGUUGAAAGUAUAGUUCCUCUGCGUUAA